UUAACACACACCCACUUGACCAUCCACCACCAGACAGGAUUUGAGGCCCAUCCUACAGCCAACCAUUCUUUUCUCUUGUUAGGAAAAAGCCCAAACGCCUUCUUGCUAUAAAAUUGAUAAAAAAUUUGCCUUGUUACACGUUAUUUGGUGAAACUGCGUGUUCCGACGUUCAGAUUCCUCUUAAAUCGCCAACAACAAUAAUACAAUAGAUACUGAACGAAUGUCCGAGUACGAAAUCGACGUUCCUCUUUUUUUUAAGAGGAUUCAACGGUUGUUGGACCUUUGGAACGACCCAAGUCAUUCUGAAGAGUACUUUCAUGGCAUUGACAGUCUCCUCGUGGUUACUGGCACAGAAAACAUUGAAAAUCCUUAUCAGAAAUCUGCUGCUCUUCACACAUGGCUUCUUGGUUAUGAGUUUCCUCAGACCUUAAUCUUAUUUACAAAGACAAAGGUUACAUUUUUAAGUUCCUCGAAGAAAAUAACUAUGCUAGAGCAGCUUUCACAAGGAAGUUCCGGAAGCUCCAUUAAUCUCGAGUUUUUAAAACGGACAAAGAACCCAGAGGAGAAUUUGAAACUGUUCCAGCAAGUCAUUGAGGCUGUAUCAGCGACAAAUAAAAAAGUGGGACAUUUUCCUAAGGAUUCUUUGGAUGGAAAGUUUGUCAACGAAUGGAAGGCUGCCCUUGAACAGGCCAAGGCUGAGUUUGAAUAUGUGGAUGUGUCCCUACCCGUGGCCGUCGCAAUGUCUGUCAAGGACGAUGUCGAAUUGCCCAUCGUUAAGACAGCUUCUCGUGCAAGUACUGGUGUAAUGACUCGUUAUUUUGCCGAUCAACUCUCUAAAUUCAUCGAUGAGGGGAAAAAAAUAAGCAAUUCACGAUUCUCCGACUUAAUCGAGCAAAAGAUUGACGACGAAUCUUUCUUCCAACAAAAAGCUCUGCAUUUGGGAAACAUGGAUAUGGACCAGUUGGAGUGGUGCUAUACUCCCAUUGUGCAAUCUGGCGGUUCUUACGAUUUGAAACCAUCAGCAAUUUCGAAUGAUAAGUUGCUACAUGGAGGCGUUGUCUUAUGCUCGCUGGGUUUGCGCUACAAAUCCUAUUGCUCAAACAUUGGACGUACUUACUUGUUUGAUCCUAAUGCAGAUCAAUUAAAGUAUUACAACUUCCUUGUACAAUUACAAACCAAGGUUCUUGAACUUUGUACCCACGGUGCUGUCAUAAAGGAAAUUUAUGCCAAGGCUGUUGAGUAUGUCCGUUCCAAAUACCCUGAACUCGAAUCUCAUUUUGUUCGAAACCUUGGUGCCGGUAUCGGCAUUGAGUUUCGUGAAUCUGCCUACCUCAUUAAUGCCAAAAAUCCCAGGAAAUUGGAGUCUGGGAUGACUGUAAAUCUAAGUGUCGGGUUCGCAAACUUGGAGAACUCAAAGGCAAAGACUGCUGAAGGAAAAGUAUACUCGUUGUUAUUAAUUGACACAAUUCAAAUUACAAAAGAUGCACCUUUGGUUUUUACCGAGUCUCCAAAAUCGCAUGCGGACAUUUCGUAUUAUUUUGGUGAAGAUACGACGGCAGAAAAAGAACAAACCACCAGAAAACCCACUCGUACCACAGCUACUAUAUCAAGUCACAAGGGAAAAACUCGUGAUGUAGAUGAUUCAGCUGAGAAAAGACGCAUUGAACAUCAAAAACAAUUGGCAGCCAAAAAGCAGACGGAAGGUCUGCGUAGAUUCUCGGAUGGUUCUGCCCAUAAUACAGACGAACAAAAAACUAUUGUGAAACGUUAUGAAUCUUACAAACGUGACACACAACUUCCUCACGCUAUUGCUAACCUGCAAAUAUUGGUUGAUACCCGUGCUCAAAGUAUAAUUCUUCCUAUCUUUGGACGUCCAGUUCCGUUUCACAUCUCGACAUUGAAAAAUGUUAGCAAGAACGAUGAAGGCGAUUACGUUUACAUUAGACUGAACUUCAUCACGCCUGGUCAAGUUGGCGGUAAGAAGGACGAACAACCAUUCGAAGACCAAAAUGCUGAGUUCAUUCGGAGCUUCAUCUUUAGAAGCGCUGAAGGCUCGAGACUGUCUCAUAUUUUCAAAGAAAUCCAAGACAUGAAAAAGGCCGCUACAAAACGCGAGGCCGAGAGAAAACAAUUUGCCGAUGUUAUUGAGCAAGAUAAGCUCAUUGAAAUGAAGAGCAAACGUCCUGCCCAUCUAAACGACGUAUUCGUUCGCCCGGCUUUGGAUGGUAAGCGCUUGCCUGGUUUCUUGGAAGUUCAUCAAAACGGUAUUCGUUACCAAUCCCCGCUGCGUUCUGAUAGCCACAUUGAUUUGCUAUUUUCAAACAUGAAGCAUUUGUUCUUCCAACCUUGUGAGGGCGAACUCAUUGUUUUGAUUCAUGUUCACCUCAAGGCGCCCAUUAUGGUCGGUAAAAGAAAAACACAAGACCUUCAGUUUUACCGAGAGGUAUCUGACAUGCAAUUUGACGAAACGGGAAAUAGAAAGCGUAAAUAUAUGUACGGCGACGAGGAUGAACUUGAACAAGAGCAAGAAGAAAGACGUCGCCGUUCUCAACUCGACCGCGAGUUCAGAGCAUUUGCUGAGAAGAUUGCCGAGGCAAGUGAUAAUCGCAUCGAACUGGAUAUUCCUUUCCGCGAACUCGCAUUCAGUGGUGUACCGUUCCGUGCCAAUGUACUUCUACAGCCUACAACUGAUUGUCUUGUACAGCUUACUGAUACGCCAUUUACUGUAAUAACACUUUCUGAAAUAGAAAUUGCGCAUCUUGAGCGUGUUCAGUUUGGUCUGAAAAACUUUGAUCUGGUUUUUGUCUUCAAAGAUUUUCAUCGUGCGCCUGUUCACAUUAAUACUAUCCCCAUGGAUCAGUUGGACAACGUGAAGGAAUGGCUUGACUCGUGUGACAUUUGCUUCUAUGAAGGACCAUUGAACUUGAACUGGGCUACUAUCAUGAAAACAGUGAAUGAUGAUCCUGUUGCCUUCUUUGAAGAAGGUGGUUGGGACUUCUUAAGCACUGGUGAUGAUGAGGAAGCUGGCGAAAGUGAAGAAGAAGUAUCCGAGUAUGAAGCUUCAGGCAGCGACUUUGACGAGUCUGAAGAGUCUGAAGAUUACAGUGAUUACGAGGGCGAAGAUGAAGACAGCGAAAGCGAAAUGGAGGAUGAAGAAGAAAGCGGUGAGGAUUGGGAUGAACUUGAACGGAAAGCCCGUCAAGAGGACGCCAAACACGAUCGCGGCGACGAAAGACCCAUGAAAAGAAGACGUUAAUGAAGGUAGAAGCCAUUGGCAUUUAACGAAUUUCUAAUAUAUGAUCUAGCUUUUCUAUGUUAAGCACUCUUGUAUAAGUCCUUAGAGUAUGAAAUGAACCAUCAGCUUGCCCUAUGGCAUUCGGCUGGAGGAUGCCAUGUGUACAAACAAUUCGUAUUGAUGGGUAUGGGUAACUGUUUUUAUUGAAUACAAGAACAAAAUUAUAAACCAACCUAACCUUAAAGAGGGACGCCGGCACUUGCUGUGCAGAUGAAAUACAAGCAACCCCAAACAUAUUCACAAACAACCCAAGAAUGCAUCAAUCUUAAGAAAACCAAAAAGAUCAACCGAACGCACUCCGACCCUAGGCGGACGCUUCUGAUUUUUUGUUAGAAACCUUGUAGCCCUUUGAUUUCAGCCACUUCUUGCGACUGGCCUCAAUGAUCUCCUUGUCGGCCUCAUCGUUGAAUGUGAGCUCUUCGCUAUGAGCACCAAGAUUGUCACUGACAGCAAUCUCAUGCUCGUCCUCCUCUGCCACUUCCUCCUCUGUGUUGGAAAUAGUGGGGAUUUUGUUGGACAGCUUUUUCAGCUUGGCGACAUAGAAACCGUCGAUAUUGUGAACGUGAGGAUAGUAACGACGUGUCAGUUUCAAACUAGGAUGGAAGCGUUUCUCGCGGUAACGAGUGAAGCCUUCGCGACCAAACUCCAACCCAGUAGACACCAACUUGACGUUGGGUCGCUUUUUCAAGGCAUAUUGAAUAACGGCCUCAUCUUCAUCGACAGUAAUACUACAAGUAGAAUAGACGAUGUAGCCACCAGUUUUGCUUUCAGCAUCAACAGAGUCAAUUGCCGAGAGCAAAAGUUGGCGUUGAAGGUGACCAAGCAUAUCAAAGUCAUGCGCAGUCUUGUUUGCCUUCACAGACUGGUCCUUGUGAAUAACACCGGUACCGGAACAAGGUGCAUCAAGCAUGACACGAUCGAAGCCACCCAAAACCUCUUCAGGGAACUUACGACCAUCAUAAUUACAAACAAUUGUGUUGCGCACACCAAGACGGUGAAUGUUGGCUGACAGAGCCUUGAUUCUGGCUUUGUUGGAAUCGUUUGCAAAAAUAACACCAGAGUUCUUUUGAAGGGCAGCAAUGUAAGUAACCUUACCACCAGGAGCAGAGGACAUAUCAAGGAUACGCUCGUGAGGUUGGGGAGCCAGGGCCAUAACGGGAAGGAAAGAGGAUGCGGCUUGAAGGAUGUAAUGGCCAGCCAAAUACUCGGGAGUAGCACCAAUUGGCACUUGAGAGUCAAACACUUGUAAACCGACCUUGGUCCAUUUACCAAUGGGUUCCAAAUUGACACCACGAUUGAUAAGAGCCUGAGCCAGCUCACGACGGUUUGUUUUAAGGGUGUUGGUACGGAUGGUCAUGGGACGAGG